CAAAGAUAACUGGCAUAGCGAAAGCUUUUCUGAAGCUUAACCGGAAUGGCAGUUAAGUUUACAGCGAGUGCGCAGAGUGAUGAAAACUUCCCCCAGAGAGAGAGAGAGAGAAAAAAAGAGAGGGAGAAAGGAGAGCCCACCUCUCGUCGAAAGUCGUAUAAAAACGUUGCGUGGGCGAAACUGUCAUUUCAAAAGACCGUUGAACGGGAUCGUUAGUUGGCCGCAGCGGUACGGAUCGCACGCGUCUGCAAAAAAUCGAGAAAAUCCCGGGUAGUCCCCGUGAAAUGACGAACGCCUAGAACAGUGCGAGUUCGACCAUCAAAAAAUAAUUUACCACUUGAGUGUUCAGCCCAUUAAGAUGGCCAAAAAGCAGGUGCUAGUUUUAACCCUCCUGUGCCUGGGUUCGCUUCUUUACGAACCAGUACGGAGUUCCACGGAAUAUAAUCGCUACCUGUCGCAGAUAUUCCAAAAGUACGGCAAUGGCGGGACAAUCAACUUUGAGGGUCUCGAGCAUUUAAUGUUCAGCUUGAACUUGGGUCAAAUUCAAUUUGAUCCCUCGCACACGAUCGAUCAGCACCGACCACAAGGAUACUCUAAGGAGUCAACGAACAGCACGAAUGUCACCAGUUACUUCGAACCAGCACGCGUUAAUGUCACCGAUGAGGAGGCGUUGGAGGUGGAAAUUUCUACGCCUUCCAGCAAUCUCUCAAAGCCAGUGGCAGGGCCAGAAGUGCCGGAAUUCCUGGAAAUGCAUGACCCCAAGCACAGACACCCGAGGGAGAGCUCCGAACCUGUUGCCGCUUGCUUAUCGCCGAAGUCACUGCUGUCGCUGCUCGUGGACCACAACGAUCUCCACAAAAACAUAGCCUACCAGAAAUUGUUAAAAAAUGGAGUCAGUGCAUCAGAUAACAUUCACAACUCCGAGGAGGAGUAUAACGAAUUCAUUAACUCGGUGCGAAUUACACCACGAGCUUUUAUGAAACUCUGUCCGGCUUUAUUGGCUCAAAUCGACAAUGGAGUGUGCAAGCAACCGGCUCAACGAUCGGAAAACUUUCACGAUAAAAACCAAAAAAUUUGGGACGCUUGGAUCUUUGCAAGCAUCUCCAUGCUGAUUCUCUCCGCUUGCGGAUUGUUGGGAAUUCUUCUGGUUCCUCUGAUGAAGACAGCUGCCUACCAGGAAGUCCUUAAGUUCCUGAUUGCCAUUGCUGUGGGCACCCUAGCUGGCGAUGCCCUGAUGCACUUGCUUCCACAUGCCCUUUUCAAGGAGGAGAAACAUGAAGAAGAGGUGACUGGUGUAAAUCCCUUGGAAUCGAAUCACAAACAUAGCAAUGAGGCUGCCUUGCUAUGUGGUUGCUCCUUCUUGGCGGCUCUCUUCAUGUACAUGCUAGAGAACCUGAUUCCUUUGCUUAAAGGAGGCAAGCCAGGACAUGGACACAGCCACGGACAUGGUCACAGUCACGGUCACAGCCAUGGUCACACAGAGAAGCCGGCUCCUCACGAUGCUCCCGAACUUCCUGCUCCUCGAGAACUAAACGUAAUGCUGCAGGAGGCCAAGUUGGAUGAAAAGACCCCUGAUCGUCCACUCACUCCAGUGGCCUUCAUGGUUAUCAUUGGUGAUGGGUUGCAUAAUCUAACCGAUGGCCUGGCAAUCGGCGCAGCUUUUGCCAGUGAUCCGGUCACUGGAUUUGCCACAGCUUUUGCAGUCCUCUGCCACGAGUUGCCACACGAGCUGGGAGACUUUGCUCUGCUCCUCCAAACAGGCGUGUCCAUGCGAAGAGCCGUCUACAUGAACAUUGUGAGCUCAGUUCUCAGUUUUGUGGGCAUGUCCGUGGGUCUCUUCAUCGCCGGAAUCGGUGAUGGAAUGACCCAAUGGAUUUAUGCAGCCACCGCAGGUUCUUUCCUCUACAUUGCCUUUGCCGAUCUGGUGCCAACGAUGAGUGUGGCCCACAAUCCGGAGAUGGCCAAGGAUCCAAAAGGAAUUGUUAUACAAAUUAUUGGUAUCCUCCUGGGUGGACUGAUAAUGUUGCUUAUUGCCCUGAAUGAACACGAUUUGGAGGGUCUUUUUAAGAGGUUUUAAAAAUGUGUUGAGAAUCUGAAUCUCAAAUGGUUUUUUCGUGUUCUUAUUGUAGAUAGUAGUCUAAGUCUUUUCGUUAGAAUCUCCGUUACUUUGCCUUCUUCAAGCAUGCCCAAAAUGUUAAAGAUGAAAUCGUUACCAAAUGUUAUAGUCUGUGGUCAGCAAAAUGUACGCUGGAUUAAACCAGCUCUUUCCUUAGUGUAAUAAAAAUGUCUAGAACUUUAAAGUAAGUCUGUUUUGCCCAACUAAGUUGUGUGCUAGAAACUGCACAAAAUGUAAAGUUUUCGAAGAAUAGUUUAGAGUAACCGCAAGUGUUUCAUAGAAUAAUUUAAGAUUGCCCCUACACGCUGACCUUGUAGCUUUAAAAAACUCCGAGUUUUUUAAAAGUUCAACCAAUAAUAAUUUAAGAAUUAUGUGAAAUCGUUAAAAGACAAACAUUGUAUACACAAUAUUUUUCAAUUCAGUUAUGUUUUUGUAACAAAUAAGUACGCUCUUUAAUGAUUUACCUGUUAACACUUAAUGUGUAUCUUGAAAUAUUAAAGAACGAUUUAAGAUAA